CACAAUGUCAUGACUGUCAUGUAUGUCACUGACCGACUUAUCACACGUAGGGUUUCUAAUAGGAUUAGUAUCUAAUUAUUGUUCAAUAUUUCACGUUAAUAUCACUACGAGGGACCUAAAUUAGUCGCCAAAAUGUGGCUAGACGAAGCUGACGGCCUGACGGAGAUAUUUAAAGGCUAUUUGCCUUACUAUUUGCUUGUAGCCCUCCCUAUUUUUAUCAUCAUGUCUCCAGUGAACCCGGUUGCUGCUUCUCACGAAUUUUCGGUGUACAGGAUGCAGCAAUACGACUUGCAUACGAUUCCCCACGGCUGCCGCAGUGCCAGUUUCAACCUAGAAGGCCGCUCGCUGACAUCAUGGAGCACAUCCCGCCACUGUGUGGUGGCUCGCAUCCAAGAUGUCAGCAUUGAACAGUUCCUGGAGAUUAGGAACAAGGCUGGUGCACUCCUGCUGGUGCUGCCAAAGAAUGAUACAGUGCUCAGUGCGGAGGAGAAGGAGCACAUCCAGCUCCUAGAAAUGGCGAUGGUGCAGGACGAGAUCAGCGCGCCCGUCUACUUCGCUGAAUGGUCUCCGGCGUUCGAGGACAUCCUGCGAGACCUGCAGCACAGCUUCAUCACCGACGACAAGUCAGGCACGGCGCUCGAGGCCAUGCUGAAUACCGUGUCGUCUAACGGGUACCAGAUUGUGGUGUCAGCCCCGGUGCCGGCGAAGCUUGACUCCAAACCGGUGACUCUUCACGGGAAGCUGGUUGGCCGCUCCGGUUCCGCACAGACCAUCAUCAUUUCAGCACACUAUGACUCCUCAGGCUUGGUGCCCGAGCUGUCCGUAGGGGCUGACUCUAACGCCUCAGGUGCCGUAGCGGUACUAGAACUGGCCCGCAUAUUCUCACGACUGUACGCGUCGCCCGCCGUACGCGGCGCGCCAUCUUUGCUCUUCGUACUGUCUUCGGCCGGACAUGCACUAAACUAUGUCGCUACUAAGAAGUGGUUGGAAGAACAGUUGGAUUCUACUGACGCUUCGUUGCUACAGGAUGUAUCGUUCGCCAUGUGCCUGGACUCCAUCUCGUCAUCCCCUGGCCUCACGAUGCACGUGUCGAAGCCCCCGCGGGCCGGGGGCGCGGCGCACGCGCUGCAGACCAGGCUCGGGGCCCCCGUCACGCAUAAGAAGAUCAACUUGGCCGAUGAGCUGUUGGCUUGGCCCCAUGAGAGAUUCAGUAUUAGGAGGAUGACCGCUUUCACGCUAAGUAGCUUACAGAGCCACAAAGAGCCAGCGCGCAGCACAGUACUGGACACACCCUCGGAGCCCGCCCUACACAACCUGGUGUCCAACAUCGCGGCGACUGCCCGCGCACUCGCAUCGCACGUCUACAACCUCACUGGGGACGCCGCGCUGUAUGACGACGCUCUGAACGUAGACGAAGCGUCGGUGAGACAUUGGUACAAGUAUCUAUCGUCGCAGUCGAGAGCGCCGCAGAUCGUCACCACUUCUCCUCCUAGCGCCGGUGUGACAGGCGCGUUAGAGCGCGCGUUAUCACGGUACUUGGACGUGACAGUGAGCGUGCACGCGGUGGACAAGCGUGAGCCGGAGUACACGCUAUACUCGCCCACGCGAGCGGUGCUCUACGUGUACAGUGUAAAACCAGCGGUAUUCGACCUGAUCCUGACCCUGGCCAUCAUCGCGUACCUUACCGUCGUCUACUUCGCCAUCCAGCUGUUCCCGCGGUUCUAUGAGGAGUACGCUAAGGUCGUCACCGGGAAAGCCAAAGUACAUUAGGGUAAAAUAUUAAUUCUGUAGCCAUAGAGAAAUAUAGUAAGACAAAAGUGCUCACUCCAUACAUCAGUUUUGGUACCAAAAAGAUUAGUAUUUUCAUAGUCGACAUCUAGCAUGGAGUAGCGGAAUUAUCAGUUCUUUAUGUAGCAGUAGUAGUACUGUCAAUUGACACUAGAUGUAGCACCGACCGGAAAGUCUAAUGCUCAACAACAUAAGACUUUCCGGUAGUAUUGUCACUUGACAGUACUACUACUGCUACUUAAAGUACUGAUAAUUCCGCUACUCGAUGCUAGAUGUCGACUAUGAAAAUAAUAGUCUUUUUGGUGCCAAAACUGAUCUAUGGAGUGAGCACUCUUGUCUUACUAUAUUUCUCUAUGAUUAGGGUAAGAUAUUAAUGGUAGCAAAGAUUUAUUGAUUGUAUGGCGCACCACACUGCAACUAUCCGAAAUUCACCACCAGAGUACAGAUGUAAAGUGUCAUUCUAUGGAUCUUGCUAACUAUGUAAACAAACCGCCAUAUUGAAACUGUCACUGAAUGAUGAUUUUAGUAUGGCGGUUUGUUUACAUAAUUAGCGAGUUCCACAGAAUGACACUUUAGUGCAUAAUUAUUUUCCAUCGUAUUUUCAUGGAAAGGCACGAACGUGUCUUGCUAUUUCAGCCAGUCUCGGUACAAGAAGUAAUGAGGUUGACUGAAGUCACAACACACAGAGCGAGCCGCCUCGUGAGCAAAUUUUCUCGCGAGGCAAACGUCCGUCUUCGCACGGCAGCGUCUUCAAAUUUUUGCCUCGCAGAAGCAAUUAGCUUGGCAAGAUGGCGUCAUUCGAGGUAGCUCGCUGUGUGGCCCCACCUUAGCACUAUGGUCAAGGAAUAAAUUCAGAUAUUGCGUGCUAUUUAUCUAAAUACAGGCGCCCUAGACAAAAUAUCUGAAUUCAUUACAUUCCCAUAGAGAUUCCGGUACUGAAUUUCUGAUUCAGCCCAUGUGUGGUGUGUAUCCGUGUAAAGUCUAAGAUAAAUUCGUGCUUCUAAUUUAACAGUAGAUGGCGCUGUAUGGCUUCGUACAUUAUGUGGUAACUCUAGUUGUCUUAAUGUGACGUUUAAGAAUGAAGAUAUCCCGAAAAUCUAUAGUCUCUGACCACACUACUAUAGGGGCCGUGGGCGUUGGAGAGCCUGCCAUCUUGUGCCCUGUAUUGGAAACAUAAACGUGUAUAACCUCGUGUCGCCCACCAUACAAAAUUAUUGCCAAGGAAAUUAGAAUCUUAUUGUAUAUUCAAUUGGGUUGAAUUUCAUUUGUUCGAAAAUUUUACAAGACAAAUGAAAUGCUGCCUAAUUCGUUUUUUAUUAAGGUUGACAUUCCAUCGAAACUGAUUGUACAUCCUAAUGUACAUUGGGCGGCACGAGGAUAUUGACACUUCACGCCAAAGCAAGUGCUGCCAUCUACCCUUCUUGUACGUUUUCUUGUGCAUAGUAGGUUCUGCCAUCUUGUGGGAUACAUCGGAAGCAUAAACUUCACAUUUACGCCUAGCGCCAAAAAUCUGACGGCUCAUGUGCUGCCCCCUACAGUUCAUGCACGCUCCCUA